CGCCGCAGUAGCUGUUGUCUAGAGGCAGGGAGGAAAGAGGCUGCCUCCUGCGCCAGCCUGGUCACAAACGUAGGGACCGAGCCGGCAGCUGGUUGGUGCAUGGUCCUGGGCCGCGGCGGGCGGUCCCUCCACGUGCUUUCGGCGGCGACAUGGAGCUGGAGGAGUCGGGUUUUCGAGAGGCAUGCGGUGUGUUCGGCUGCAUCGCUUCUGGAGAGUGGCCCACGCAGUUGGAUGUGCCCUAUGUAAUCAAUCUAGGACUCGUGGGGCUGCAGCACCGGGGUCAGGAGAGUGCUGGUAUUGUGACCAGUGAUGGGAGUUCAGUGCCAGCUUUCAAAAUGCAUAAGGGCAUGGGUCUUGUAAAUCAUGUUUUUACUGAAGACAAUUUGAAAAAAUUAUAUGUUUCAAAUCUUGGAAUUGGACACACAAGAUAUGCCACUACAGGAAGGUGUGAGUUAGAGAACUGUCAGCCCUUUGUUGUUGAAACGCUCCACGGGAAAAUAGCUGUGGCACAUAAUGGUGAACUGGUGAAUGCUACUCGGUUAAGGAAAAAGCUUCUGCGUCAUGGUAUUGGUCUGUCAACCAGCUCUGAUAGUGAAAUGAUUACCCAGCUCCUGGCAUAUACCCCUCCUCAGGAGCAAGAUGACACCCCAGACUGGGUGGCAAGGAUUAAAAACUUAAUGAAGGAAGCACCCACAGCAUACUCCCUGCUUAUAAUGUACAGAGAUGUUAUGUACGCAGUACGGGAUCCUUAUGGAAUUCGACCUCUGUGCAUUGGUCGUCUUAUUCCAGGUUCUGAUAUAAAUGACAAAGAGAAAAAAACAUCAGAAACAGAAGGAUGGGUAGUGUCUUCAGAAUCUUGCAGCUUUCUGUCUAUUGGUGCAAUAUACUAUCGUGAAAUCUUACCUGGGGAAAUUGUGGAAAUAUCCAGACAUGGUGUCCGAACUCUUGAUACCAUAUCAAGAUCUGAAGGAAACCCUGUGGCUUUUUGUAUCUUUGAAUAUGUUUAUUUUGCAAGACCAGAUAGUAUGUUUGAAGACCAAAUGGUUUAUACAGUAAGAUACCGCUGCGGUCAGCAGCUGGCCAUUGAAGCACCUGUGGAAGCAGAUUUGGUUAGCACUGUUCCAGAGUCUGCCACGCCUGCUGCUCUUGGUUAUGCAAAGAAGAGUGGACUUCCAUAUGUGGAGGUGCUGUGUAAAAAUCGAUACGUAGGAAGAACCUUCAUUCAGCCAAACAUGAGAUUAAGACAACUUGGUGUUGCAAAAAAGUUUGGAGUAUUGUCAGACAACUUUAAAGGCAAAAGAAUUGUCCUUAUAGAUGAUUCAAUUGUGAGAGGCAAUACCAUUUCCCCCAUAAUAAAAUUGCUCAAAGAGUCUGGGGCAAAAGAGGUGCACAUUCGAGUGGCUUCACCACCAAUCAGAUAUCCGUGCUUCAUGGGAAUAAACAUUCCCACAAAAGAAGAGCUCAUUGCCAAUAAACCAGAGUUUGCUCAUCUUGCAGAAUAUCUUGGAGCCAACAGUGUUGUGUAUCUGUCAGUAGAAGGACUGGUUUCAUCUGUACAACAAGAGAUAAUAUUUAAAAAACGGAAAGUGAAAAAACAUGAUAAUAUGAUUCAGCAAAAUGGAAAUGGCCUGGAGUGUUUUGUAAAUAAUGGUCACUGUACAGCUUGUCUCACAGGAAACUACCCUGUAGACCUGGAAUGGUAACUGGCCGGGUCAGAUGAUGUCUCUCAGGAUAGAAAGUUGGUCAAGAAAUAGUUGUACAUUAUCUGUUCGCUUAGUAGGCAAAACAUAAAAUAUCACAUGCUUAUGUUUAUUUACUGUUACAGCUUUGAGAUUUUUUUUUCUGUUAAGGGGACCAAAUACUAUAAUUGAACCUUUGUCAUUACAUAUAAUACAACAUGUGGUGUUCUUUUUGUUUUGUUUUAAUUGCAUUGACUAGCCUUAUUCAUGAGGUCAGAGAAGGCAGGUGUUAAGUGCUGUUUAGCAAGUGUGUUAAAGGAUUCGGUUUUGAAGUUAAAGCCAUCUAGCAGGUGUGAUGCAAAAAAGGCAAGUUGAGUUAAUAUAACAUUUCAUGCAAAGUUGGAAUUAAUUCAGCCCCACAUGUGUCUGGCCGCUAUCUUUCAGGCUGUAGUUUUGGCCUUGGCUUCCCUGUCUGUCCUCCAUAUUUUUUUAAUGGUAUUAAGAAUGGAAUGCACUGGGUGUUGAACUAAACCCCAACAUCCUACCACCACCUUUUAAGGCAGUCUCCUUAAGCUCCCCAAGCUGGCCUCUCUCAAAUUUGUGGUACCCUUGCCUCAUCCUCCCUAGUAACAGGGUUAUAGGCAUGUUUCUGGACAGUAAGUUAAAAGAUAGACAACUCUUUAAAAGAAAAAAAAAGCAUCUUUUUGUUCCUCAGCAUACCCAUCUGUGCAAUGAGGUGCACUGUUAAGGAAAAUAAGCAUAUGAAAGUGUCAUGUACCUCUAAAUUUUGAGGUAGUACAUGAUCAUUAGUUUUUUGGAAAUGAGUGUACAGUUGAAAUUUCAUUAUGAUGGGGGACGAUCUAGAGUUUAGCAGAUCCUUGCCAUCUCUUUUUGAGAUGCUCCAAUAAUGGUUGUAAAAAUAAGUCUGGCCAGGCAUGAUGGUGCAUGCCUGUAAUCCCAGCACCCGGAAAGUUGAGGUAGGAGGAUAAUAGUGAGUUGAAGGCCAGCCUUCAACUUAUGGGCUACAUAAACCCUGUCUCAAAAAAAGUCUGCUCAAGUUUUUUCUACAUUUGGUUAGAAAAUGUGAACUAAAGUAUUUACAAAUGACUUAGGAUAUUUGAAAUAAAAACAGUUUCUUAAAAUUGUUUCAAACCUAUUAUCCUUAAUCAAGUGCUUGAUCAUUUGUAGUCAUAAAUCCUUAUAAAUGUAUAUACACAUUCUUCUGAUUGAGAUGAAGUGAUCAUACAAAACAGUAGGGGCCGAUUUUCUUUGAGGAGUAAGGAGACAACUACUUUUUCAGAAUGAAAAUGCCCUUAUUCAAGUUACUGAUCUUUGCUUCUUUUUUUUCUUCUCUUUUUUUUUGGUGCCAGGGAUCGAAACUCACGACCUUGCGCUUGCCAGGAGGCACUUACACCACUGGGCUAAAUCCCCAGCCCUUAGAGAAUGCCCUUAUUCAAGCAUCGACUUAAAAUUUUUUUCUAUUUUGUUUUAUUAGGAGCUAGUGAAUUUUUUUAAGGUUUGUUCUGUUUUGUUUUUGUAAUUCAGAUUUAGUACAUGGGGUUGCUUUGUCAACAAACUCCUGUUUCUGUAAGAUUUUUUGAAGCCUAAAGUAUUUGUCUGUAUGUCAUACUACUACAGUUUGAUGUAUAUAGUAUGCAAAUGCAAUUAGAAAUUUACUAUUUAUGAGUGAAGUUAUUCAUCCGUAUUUUGUAUGCAGUCUCAUGAUUAUUUUAUGGCAGGUCAAAAUAAAAUGUUGGUAGUUCUUUAAGUUCAUGUAUAGCAAUGGCUAGGAUGACCCUAUGACAGAGGCACAGGCAGACUGGCAUUUGAAAGCCCUGGGACUAUGUCAGUGUGUGUGUGUGUGUGUGUGUGUGUGUGUGUGUGUGUGUGUGGCCUCUUGUCUUAAAUGAAUUCUUCUCCAUGGCAGCAUGGAGGAGGUAAGGCCUGUGGGUCGAUUUGAAAUGGUAUUACUUAUAUUUGAUUUUUUAAAAGCAAGAGACUCAGGGAAAGUAUUAAACCAAAAUAUCUGAUUUGAGUUUUAUGUUUUCCUUAAUUUUGAUUUUGUUUUAUUGGGACACUUUUGUAAAAGAAAAUGCUCUUAUGGUUUGAUAAUUCUACACAUUUAAUAUUUCUCUGUUGUCCUUCACAAGAUUCUGAAGUUUGCAUUAUUAUAUUAUUUUUUUUACCAAUUUAGUUUCAAGUGUUGUCUAACUGCUUUAAAUUUAUAUGAGUAUUGUAAACUACACAGAAAAGGAAAUAUGUUUUCACAGGAUGUAUGUUGUGAACUAAAGCCUCCCUUUUUUUGUGACCUCUUUGUGAUCCCUUGGUGACAAAUAUAUGUAAUGAGUGUGUGUGUGCACGCGCACGCUUUUUAAAAA